UUCGCCUGGAAGCUCUUAAAGGGGCCGCGCGCUCCUUUAAUGUGUGCUUUAUCCUUGCAAACAGGAGGAGCUGGUUGGGUUCAGAUGCAUUGUGGGAAUGGAAAGUUACUUUCAGUUUUGCGCAAGGAAGGCAAGAGGAAGCACGGGAAGGAGGAGGUGCAUGGCUGGGAAGGAGGAUUUUUGCACAAACUGCCACCCUGGACUCAAUAAGAAAAAGCAGUUCUAGGAGUUGUGAUACUCUCACAAGAAGAUCACAGCAACACAAUGACGCAAACCACAACCUCCAAAGACCCAGACGUUUCUGUGAGCGACGGAGAUGACGAAGAAGCGUCAGUGUUGCUGCAUUUAUAUCCAUACUCAGAGGAUAAGGAUGAUCCGCAGUGUCUAAAUGAUGAUGGGAUCUUGAAGCAUUCGACCACUCUGACAAACCGUCAGCGAGGGAACGAAGUUUCUGCGUUGCCGGCCACCUUGGACACUCUGUCCAUUCACCAGCUGGCAGCUCAAGGGGAACUGGUCCUGUUAAAGGAGAAUCUGCGGAAAGGUGAGAACUUGCUAAACAAGCCCGACGAACGAGGUUUUACCCCCUUAAUGUGGGCAUCAGCAUUUGGAGAAAUCGAAACUGUCCGCAGCAUGUUGGAAUGGGGUGCGGAUCCCCAUGCCCUUGCUAAGGAACGGGAGAGUGCAUUGUCGCUGGCCAGCACUGGAGGAUACACUGAUAUUGUUGCCCUGCUGCUGGACAAAGAAGUUGACAUCAACACCUAUGACUGGAAUGGUGGGACACCACUUCUCUAUGCUGUCCGGGGAAACCAUAUAAAGUGCGUCGAGGUGUUGCUAGCUCGAGGGGCCGACCUUACAACAGAAGCGGAUUCUGGGUACACACCAAUGGACCUUGCUGUAGCUUUGGGACACAAAAAAAGUCCAACAGGUUAUUGAAAAACAUAUACUUGAGCUGCUACGGGACAAAGUAACAGAGUAGUUUUCUGGUCUCCACCUGGCAUUCUCUCUCGUGAAGUUUGGAUUCGGGAACUCCUUGCUUUUUGGAGACUUACCUAUUUUGUGGACAUGGGAAGUUUUGGUGGUGGUUUUUGUUCCACGCAGAGAAGCUACAGCAGCUUUUAAGGUUCAGUUCAACCCUGUUGGAAAGGUUACGGGCACUGUUGGAAUGCCAGAAAUAUCUGACAUGGCGUGGUUUUCCGUGCCACCGUACCCCCACAAAACCCAAGUCCAUGUGCCACACACCAGAGGAGGAAGGCCCUCCUAAGUGACCAAUUUCCAGAUUACUCGAAGAGGUGAGCCAAGCUGCAGAAAAGAGGAGAAGAAAGGAAAUAAUGCUCUGUCCAGCUCCGCAUCAGAGUUUCAAAGCAAUGCAGCCUCGGAUGUCUGUAUUCCCCGUGAGCUGUUGUUCUUGCAUCCAUGUGAGCAGCACUUUUGCACAAGUGUACUUUAAAAGUAUGAAC